GUCACAUCUUUUAUGGUGAUGAUGGUGUCAAUCUUAAAAUACUCACAUGGAAGAAAGGACUUGUAAAAAAGUUACCCAAUCACAAAGAGGAGUUUGGGAUGACAGAUGCAAUAUGUUGCCAUGGUAACUUGAUGAUGACCUCAGCCUAUGACCUUGACAAUGGCAAUGGAUAUAUCAACGUGUUUGACAUAUCUGCUGAACCUAGCUAUAUUGCAACACUAGAUUGUAGUAACACAAGAAGAAUACUUGAUAUAUGUUGUUAUAGAGAUAUUAAUGGAAAUUUAAGCAUAGUUACUGCUGGGAUAGAUUUACUGGUAUGGAAGCAGGUUUCAGAUGGCAGUGAAGAUGAAGAUACAGUUAGAACACAGUUUAUACAUACAUUAUGUGAGGUAGCGGAGGAUUCUGAUAUAGAAUCAGAUGUAGAGUUUACAGAGAGUGAGAGUGAAGCUGACAGUCAUAAAGGUUCUAGAAGAGGCAGUGUACAGUCAAACAUUAACAAGUCAUGGUGUACGCUUACCUGAUAUCACUAUAUAUAUGUUACAUUAUAUAUGUGAUGUAUAAAUACACAUGUAUAUAAUUAUAUUGAACUGUUGGUUAUUCAAUAUAAAAGAGUAAAUGCAGUUACUUGUAUUAUACAUGUAUACUAUAAACUAGUUAUGAACAAGUUAAGUUGGGUUUUUAUUUAUUUAGUUGUGUUAACAAAAUAAAACAAGUUACAUGUAUUAGGUUAGAGAAGUGUAAAACAAAACAUUAAAUUUUGUGAAAAUUUUGCAUGGAGGUGUUUUUUAUGGUAUGCAACUACAUGUAAAACUCAAUAAAAUCUGAUCAAUUUUCAAAUAUAUUGUCAGACGUAAAGUAAUUCAGGUGUGUACAAUAUGAACUGUUGAAUGCCUUAUGACAAUUAUUGUAACUGAACAAUAUGAACUGUUGAAUGCCUUAUGACAAUUAUUGUAACUAUUACAACAUUAACUUUAUUUAUCCUUUACCUGUUCAUUGUAUGAUAUUUACUUGUCUGUCAUUCAAUAUGACAAUUGUCAUUUUACAUUUCAUUUAUUUCAGGAUAGAUAAAUUAGGUCAUUGUGUUUAUUUAAAUGACUCAGUUACAGAGACUAUAAUAUACAGUGUAGAUGUUGAUUUAAAAUACAUCUAAAACCUAAAACUAACCAUGUACUAGUUAACAUAACAUUGAACUAUCAAUCCAAACAAGCUAAGUAAUUUAUUUCAAGUAAGUAUACAAAUGUUACCCUACCCCACCCAGUGUAAUCACUUGUCUGACCAUUUCAUGCAUAAAGUGCUUAAUUAAAACUAUUGUUAAAGUCUGUUUAAUUGAAGGGCUGUAAACAGUUUCUCAAAGGUAUAUUGGCUGAUAUUGUCAAAUAAGAAUGACUUUUACUGUGCAGUUAAGAUUUAAUUGUUCUUUGAAAAUAUCAGGUACCAUAUUCAUUAUCAACUUUAGCAUUAUUAAGACAGUAAAUGUUUGUAAUAACUAUACAUGUAUAAUUAAAAAGAAGAUUUCUUUAUUCAACUAAUUUGUUAAAAAAAAUGUGGCUGUAUUGUAUAAUAUUGUAUAUAUCAUGCCAAAGAUAGUAAACAGACUUUCUAUUAAUAUGUUGUU